GUGUGGAGCCCGUCAGAACGGAGGUAGUCGCGCGGGUGUACGGUCGCCGUCAUCGUGUUCGCCGACCAAAAAACAUCGAGGACGUAACAAAAACACACAAGUGAAAUUGCAAGUUGUGUGUGUGUAUGUGUGUGUUUAGUGUGUGCGUGUUUUUUCGUCUUCUUUUUCUGUGUGUGCCGUUCGAAAAUCAAAGAAAGAAAAGGAUUACGAAUCGCCUCCCCACGGUUUCACUUCUUUCGUUCCAUUUUGGAGAGAACACUUUUGGACCUAGCGAAAGUGAUGGUGUUCUACUCGUGUCGCCGUCGUUGGUCGUCCAUUUUCCCUCUUUCAGAACUCUCUUUCGAGACUCUAAAGCUCAAGUGAAAUUGCCGACCAGGUUACGUUAGGCUUCGGAUCACUCUCUUAUCGAAUUUUUUUUUUUUUUUUCGUUCCUGGUGUGUGUGUGUGUGCGUGUGUGUACGUGUGUAUUUUGCUGGCAGCCCACAGGAAGCCAUAAGCCUCCCUUUUUUUUGCUCCUCCUCCUUUUUUUCCAGUUUCUUUUCGUGUAUUUUUCCUCUCCCCUCCUUACACGCUUCAAACAAGAAAACCAAAUAAAAUAUAAUAAAAAAAAACAACAAGAAAACAAGAGUUGCAACAAGACAUUGGAAAACAGCAGAUGACAGAGAAUGGCGGCCUCGCGCAGACCGUGCUGCACCAGCGGCGGUGGUCGUUUCGGCGUGCCGGGCAGUCUGUCAGCGAGCGACAAUGGUGGUGGUGUUAGUGGCAGCAGCAGCGGCAGCAAUAGUGUCGUCAGUGGUGGUGGUGGCGGUGCUAAAAUGAUGAUGGGUCUAUUGGGUUUAUCGGGCUCGGGCCCUGGAGGUUUCAGUGGAAGUGGCUCGGGUAUGAACAGCAGCGGGAGUAGCUCCGGCACGGGACGAACGCCCGACACGUUGCUCGACAUUUGCGCCCGUAUUGUCGCUCAACAGAUCCCCUUCCAGCGGAUCGAAGAGCGAUACGAUCGCAUUCCGGAGCCGGUGCAACGGCGCGUCAUCUUUUGGUCGUUUCCGCGCAACGAGCGAGACAUUUGCAUGUACUCGUCACUCUCCAGACCGUCGACCAAUUCUGUGGAAUAUCAAAAUUUGCCAUUUCAUCGAGGAUUGAAACUCUUGGAAUCGGGUUGCGUUGAUUCCGUUCUUCAAGUCGGUUUCCACUUGAGCGGGACGGUGACGGCACCUAAAACGUCGGGCGGUAGCCCACUACCUCCUCCUUCAUCAUCUGGCGGCGGCGGUGGCGCUGCCGGUGGAGGCGUUGUUGUUCCGGGUGGAACGACGGGAGGAGCAGUAGGAGGAGGAGGAACGGGAGGACCUCCAGUGGAAACGGAGAAGAAAUAUCGAGUCUCCGUCAGCUUCGACCGGUGUAAGAUCACGUCAGUGACGUGCAGUUGCGAAGCCAGAGACAUCUUUUGGUGUCAACACGUUGUGGCGCUGGCCUUGUUCCGAAUACGCAAUGCCGACACUGUCCGAUUACGAGUUCCGAUUUCAGAAACGUUGCUGCAAAUGGAUCGGCAGCAAUUGCAAAAGUUUGUGCAAUACCUCAUAUCAGAGCAUCACACGGAAGUGCUGCCCACGGCUCAGAAGUUGGCUGACGAAAUUCUGCAACAGCGUUCAGAGAUCAAUCGCAUUCCAGGCGCACCUGAUCCAACGGCUGGGGCUAGCGCCGAUGACGAACAUAGUUGGCACCUGGACGAGGAACAGGUCUGCGAACAGGUGCGCUCGUUCCUUUCGCAAGGUGGCUACUACAACGUCAACAAACAGCUGGUCUCCAUGUUCGCCAAGGUGAGAGAAAUGCUCAGAGCCCGCGACUCGAACGGCUCGCGGAUGCUGACGCUCAUCACCGACCAGUUCCUAGCCGAUCCGAGGCUCUUCCAGUGGAAAACGCAGGGCACGCCUAUGACGGACAAAUGCCGACAGCUUUGGGAUCAACUCGGGGCUCUGUGGGUCUGCGUCGUCCUCAAUCCCCAUUGCAAUUCAAGCGACAAGCUGCACUGGCGCCAAAUGCUUGAACGCUGGUCCCAAGUCGAUGUCUGCCCUCCAGAAGACCCCGAUUUUAGACCGCAAACGUCAUCAGGUCAAGAGAGUAACCGAUUGCGGCCCAGGAGGUCGGUUCAAGGGGACGAUACGACCAGUUCUGAGAGUUCUGACGACGACGACGAAGCCUCUCGCGAUAGACGCGGGCGAGAGGCCAGCUUAGAUCAGAGUCUUAGCAACGCCAACCGGAACGCAGCCACCGCCAACAACAACAACAACGUUAACAAUUACGUUCCAAUCGCGAGGAAUGCGAGAGGAGGACCCGUGACUGUGCGACGUCGUAGUGUCUUUCACAGAGCCAUCGACGCCAUCAGUUUGACGUGGGACAACAGCCAUCUCAAGUUAAUAUUAGCCCACGAUAACCUAUCGGCCAGCAAUGAGCCACACAGCACAAACAACAUCAACCCACAGGGACAGCCUCUUUGGCAUGAACACGUCCCGACAGCUUGUGCCCGGGUGGAUGCCCUCCGGUCUCACGGUUAUACGGUCGAAGCCCUUCGGUUGGCCGUCUCAAUCAUCCGGACGCUGAAGCAAGACCAGCUGCAGAGCCAGCAGCGAUGGGAUGAGCAACAGAGCCGAUCGUCGGUCAAGUGUACCGGAUCGUCUGUCGCUAGGAACCCAGCCUUGGUGCCUUCAGCCGCUGAGGGCUGGAUUGGACAUCCGCUCGACCCCAUCGGCUGCCUCUUCGACACGCUGGCCGAAGCCUCUCUCGUGCCCGACGAUCAGAAUCGCGGGGGCAUCAGCAAUCAGUACUACUUCGAUCCGAUCGGGCUCGGCGCGGAUGGCGAACAGAACGCGACGGCCACUCCGCCACGUUACCAGCACGUCGGAGUGUCCGGAUCGAGGGAUCGCAAUGAAUCUUACCUGACGCUGGCCACGGAAGCGGCUCUGAUAGGCCUCGGCCAGCAACGAGUCAUGCCGGCCGGCCUUUAUUCGCAGGAGAAAGCGUGCAAACAAGAGGAGCGGCUCCUUCAGAAGCUGCAAGAGAUGGAGCUGGACGCGGUGUUGGUGGCCGUGUUGCGCAAACAGUCUAUGAUGCUGCUGGAGUCGGGUCCCACGUCCGGCCUCGGUUCCGGCAUCCAUCCGGAGAGUAUACCGAUGCACACGUACGCCAAGUUUCUUUUCCUGGCACUGCUGCCUCACGACACGGAAUUAGCCUACCGCGUCGGAUUGCGUGCCAUGAGACUGCCCAUCCUGGAGGAUCACGAAGACGUGGACGACCCGGUCAACGGCAACGUCAGCUCGUUGGUGUUGAGUCGCUAUCCGCGCUGGUUCACGCUCGGCCACAUCGAAGCGCAGCAAUGCGCUCUAGCGUCGACCAUGUUGAGCGCCGCCAAGGGCGACAUUCAGCGGUUGCGGAAGGUGCUGGAAUCGGCGCAGCACAACAUUCACAGCUCGUCGCAUUUGUUCAAGUUGGCGCAGGACGCGUUUCGAUUCGCCACGCCUCAGGACGGUCCCAGGCAUCCGACGCUGCUCAACGUGGCCUUUGAACUCGGCCUGCAAGUGAUGCGGAUGACGUUGUCGUCGGUCAAUUGGCGUCGGCGCGAAAUGGUCCGCUGGCUCGUCACCUGCGCCACGGAAGUCGGUUUCGAAGCGUUGCUCUCUAUUAUGCACAACUGGUAUCAGCUGUUCACGCCCACAGAAGCUACCGGACCGGUCGCCAGCACCAUCAUGUCGCACAGUACAGUCAUGAGGCUCAACUUGAAUUACGUCCAACAGGAGGAGCUAUCCAACUGUGCCAGGACAUUGGCCCUCCAAUGCGCCACCAAGGAUCCGCCCAACUGUGCCCUCAACGCCCUCAACCUGUGCGAGAGCGCCCCCAUCAGUUUUGAAACGGCCUAUCAGAUUGUCAUCGACGCGGCCUCGCACAUCAUGACGUCCAUGCAGCUUUUUACCAUUGCGCGAUACAUGGAACAUCGCGGAUACCCUCACCGGGCUUACAAACUGGCCCUAUUGGCCAUGAAGAAUGUCCAUUUGGCUUACAAUCAAGACACACACGCAGCCAUCAACGACAUUCAUUGGGCGUGCGCGCUGAGUCACUCGCUGGGCAAGUCGGAACUGAGCACCAUGAUUCCUCUACUGGUCAAGAACGUCCAAUGCGCUACCGUCUUGUCUGACGUUCUCAGACGUUGCGCCGUCUCGGCCCCUGGCGUCGCCUCCGCCUGUCCACCCGAAGCCAAACGGCGCUGUGUCAAGCCACUCCCAUAUGAUAAAGCGCCUUUAAAACAUCUGCUUGAUGCUGCCAUUGCGGCCUAUGUCAAUACGACGCACUCGCGAUUGACGCACAUCAGUCCUCGUCACUACGGCGAUUUUAUCGACUUUCUGGCCAAAGCCCGCGAGACGUUCUUGUUGGCUCACGACGGCUUGAUGCAAUUCGGACAGCUCAUAGAAAACAUGAAAGUGGCCUACAAGGGUAAAAAGAAGCUCAUGUUCCUCGUCAAAGAGAGGUUCGGAUAAGAAUCGCCAGUCGGCGCGCCGCUGCCUCUAAAACCAUUUUUUUUUUUCUUCUUUCCACCCAAAACUCCUUUUCUUUCCCCUAUUUUCAGCCAAUAAGAGAGAAGGUGGGCGAAAUAUAUUUUUUUUUUCUUUCUUUAUUCUUCUUCUUAGUUGAUGCAUAUCUUCGUGGAAAGGCUUUUUGAUUUGUGCCUGAGGUUUUUUUGUUUUUUUUUUUGCUCCGGAAAUUUAUUAUAUUUUUUCCCUCCCUCCAUCUCUCCUCCUCUCCCUGCAACAAUCAUCAGAAACAGCCAGCCAUAGAUUUAAUCCGAUCUCAGAAAAUUUUUCUUCCCCCUUUCAUCUGUACACUAAAAUAACAUAACGCAAUAUUUUAGGUCUGGCAGUGACCUAAUCAAAUUACCUAUGUAGGCAAAAACAAAACACUGUCUCUUUGACAUGACUGACGUCAACAGCAAGCGCCGAAAACACUCGAUUCUAGGUCUUGAACGUACACAUUGCAUCAUUGUGAUAAUUUAAAACUCCCCCCUCCUCCCGCCAUCUCCGCCCUGCUUUUUUCUCUUUUUUUUCUCCAGCCUUUCAACUUCAAUCAAUUUUUAUCAAAUUUUUUUUUUUUUAAGUUUACUUAACUUUUCACAAUUGGGAAGGUUGGGUUGGGGUGCCUUCCUCCUCCAGCCCGACUCCCAAAAACUCCAAUAAGUCGAUCGAGGCCAACCAAAGAUGCAAUGGUUAAUUAUUGAAAUAAUUUUUUUUUUUUUCUUAUGAGUUGGGGGGUGGUAUGUUCGUGUCCGUCGACAAAACCAGGCCAGAAUGGGAGGAGAAUGUGGAAUGAAAGGAAGUAUUGUAUGUCUUUGUGCGUAUCACGAUUUUUUUUGUGGUCUAAUUGCGUGAGCGUUCAUCGGGUCCGAAUCCCCGCCAGAUCUCAAUUAGUUAUAUAUAUAUAUGUUUUUUUUUUGCUUAGUUGUUUGUUUAUUUUAACAAAUUUCGGUUUUUUUUUUUUUUAUUUUUGAUUUGUUUGUCGUUUUUGCCAGAUUUUUCUUUGAUUUUUAUGCGUCAAAUCAUCCGGCAAUUUAAGAAAGAAAUUCAUUUUUUUUUUAUUCAUCCGACUCCUUCAUCGAAAAUCAUAGGGCGAUCACCAUCUUUCCCAUUCAUCUACCUCAACUUCUAUCAAAAGUUGUUCCCCAUCCCCUUCCAUUCACGCAGUGAAGACAAAACAGAAUUUCUGGCAAAAAUGUCACCGUCAUUUUUUUUUUUUUUCUUCUUUUUCAUUUUCUUUCUUUUUUCACGAUGCAUAUCGAAAUUUCGAAUUUCUUUAAAAUAUUAUUAUUAGAGUAAUUUCAACAAGAAAAAAAAGAGAAAAACUUCUUAAAAAAUGAAGAAUCCUUUUUUUUUUCUUUUUUUUUUUCUUUUUUUCUUACGCAAUUUCAAUCUUGGUCAAAUGGAGAAACUGACCGAGAUCCCAUGGCGUUCAAAUUCAGGGACAUAAAUAACGUGCGUGUAUGCGUUGUGUGUAUGUCGUCGGCAGCCACAACACGAGCCCAUUUUUAGCUGAAAUGUUUUUGUACAAAAUUAAACUAAAUCGAAGGGGAAAGAAAAUCGUAAAAAAAAAAAAAAACCAGAAAAAAAAGUUUAAUAAAUAAAUUCGUCCGCGUUUUUACCGUUUGUUUCGUAUAAAACCAGAUGUAAAACGGAGAGUAAGAAGAAACAGUUUUCUGCGUCCCCUGUCUUUUCAGUUACAUGCAUAUUCUAUUUAAACGGGCCAAUAGAGUGUUAGUGUGUUCGUGUGUAGAAAUGAGCGAAAACGACGGGCAAAAAAUAGGAGAACGAAAGCGGAAGAAAAAAUAUGAUAGUAUUUUGUACAGUUUUGUUAAAAACAGAGGGGAAAGUGCUUGACAAAAUAAAUUUUGUGUUCAAUCGUUUAUACUAAGCGCGUUUUUUUUGUUUUGUUUGUUGAAUCGCUUUAAUGUCCCAUCCAUUCUUUUUUAAAUAUCCUUUCGGUACAUGAAGUCCUCCUGCUCCAUCCACCCAAACAAUCCCCCAAGUUUUGUUGUUUUUUUUUUUUUCCUGUUAUUUCUUUGUAGUUCAUUUCGAAUAUUUUUUUUUUCUUAGUCGAUGGUACCCACCGGAAUUUUCGGAUUUAUUUUGGAACGAUGUAUAAAAAUCAAAUGAAAAUAUUAACCAGAGAAAGAGAGAGAGAGAGAAAAAGCUCAGCAAAUUAUUUUGUUUUGACCUGAACAUAAAAAAAAAAAAAUUCAUUAAAUUCAUGCCGUUUGUUUUUGUUGUGUUGUCGCAAUUUUUGUCGUUUUCCUUUCCGGAAGGAAUUUUUCUUUUGAAUUUUUUCGUAUUUGAAACAAAAAGGAAAAUUUCCCCAGUUGAUUGUUUAUCCGUUUUGUUUAUGUUAUCCCGGCGGAAGCAAAACACGAAGAAAAAAAAAAAAUUUAUAAGUUCUUGGAGUAUUUGCUCUCCUUGAUGAUUUCCCCCCCCCCCUCUUCCCAUUUCCCUCUCCCUCCACUUACUCGUUUUCUUGAUUCGCCCCCCCCCAAUUAUUGUAUCAGUGAUGUCUCCCCACCUCGUACGUUUUAAUUAUUUACAUCGUCUCUUUCCCCGUUUUUUUUUUUCGUCCGUUGUUGUCGUCGUUUAAUUGAUUAAAAAUUCUUGAAAAAAAGGUCAUCCAAAUUUGUAUCAAAAAACGUUGUAAAAGUUUCGUGGCUUUUUCUGCAAAAAAAAGUGGUGAAAAUUCCUUAUUUCCUCUUUCAUAAGAAAACAAAAAUCUGCAGCAUUACAAGGAAAUGUCGAAAUCA